GAGUAACAACGCAAGCCAACGGGCUGUUCUUCUCAAAGCCCGCUCUUACAUCUCAGCGAGCGCCACCGAAGCAGAGCUUCCAGCUGAUGCGUCUUGGAGUUUCAGCUUCUCUACGUCUGGCCACUGGACUGAUGUCUCUUCACACCUACGCUUCGACAAAUCUGUUUUCGGGAGUUUCAUGAAACCGCGUUGAGGAAUGUCUCCUGUAUAUUCCUGUGACAAAAGAAGACCCAAACGCCCACGACUUAGUCCGGAAAAAAGCGGGGUCCCUAUCUGGAUUAUGUGUUUGACUAAUGUAAACAUAUGGAAGAAAUAGAAAAGUGAGCACAUGGGGAAACCACCAGGAAUGAAUCGCUCCCUUAUUAAGGUUUUAGCAGCUUUAUUCAUAUAUGUGAUGGAGACAAACAACUUCAGAGUUGUGGACGCCAAGGAGCACGAUUCCAGAUCAUCCUCCAACCUGUCUCCAUCAGACUUUCUGGACUCACUCAUGGGUCGCACGUCUGGGUAUGAUGCGCGAAUAAGACCGAAUUUUAAAGGUCCCCCUGUAAACGUUACAUGCAAUAUUUUUAUCAACAGUUUCGGCUCUGUCACAGAGACAACUAUGGAUUACAGAGUGAACAUCUUCCUGCGGCAGAAGUGGAAUGACCCUCGGCUGGCGUACAGUAAAUACCCAGAUUCCUCCCUUGACCUGGACCCAUCUAUGCUGGACUCCAUAUGGAAGCCUGACCUCUUCUUCGCCAACGAGAAAGGAGCCAACUUCCAUGAUGUCACCACAGACAACAAGCUGCUGAGGAUCUUCAAGGAUGGGACUGUCCUCUACAGCAUCAGGUUGACUCUCAUUCUAUCGUGCCCGAUGGAUCUGAAGAACUUUCCAAUGGACGUCCAAACUUGUACGAUGCAACUGGAAAGUUUUGGAUACACCAUGAAUGACUUGGUGUUUGAGUGGCUGGAGAACGGUGCAGUACAGGUGUCGGAGGGACUCACUCUGCCUCAGUUUAUCAUGAGGGAUGAGAAGGAGUUGGGCUACUGUACCAAACACUACAACACCGGGAAGUUUACCUGUAUUGAAGUUAAAUUCCACCUGGAGCGCCAAAUGGGCUACUACCUGAUCCAGAUGUACAUUCCUUCUCUCCUCAUUGUCAUCCUCUCAUGGGUGUCUUUUUGGAUUAAUAUGGAUGCUGCUCCAGCCAGAGUGGCGCUGGGAAUCACCACUGUGCUUACCAUGACCACCCAAAGCUCUGGGUCCAGGGCUUCUCUUCCAAAGGUCUCCUAUGUGAAAGCCAUUGAUAUCUGGAUGGCUGUGUGUCUGCUCUUUGUAUUUGCUGCAUUGCUCGAAUAUGCUGGGGUUAAUUUUGUCUCCAGGCAACAGAAAGAGUUCCUUCGCCUGAGGCGAAGACAAAGAAGGAAUCACAAGGAUGACGAUCUGCGUGAAGGCCGCUUUAAUUUUGCCGGCUACAACAUGAGCCAAUGUCUGCCAACAAAGGAUGGCUCAGCUGUUAAAAAUGCUGUUCCAGCUCCCAACCCUCAACAAUCAGCCUCAAAGGACAUAGACACCAUGAGGAAAAAGUUUGUGGACAGAGCCAAGAGGAUCGACACGAUCUCACGGGCUGCUUUUCCUCUGGCUUUCCUCAUCUUCAAUGUCUUCUACUGGGUUACCUACAAGAUCAUCCGGCAUGAGGACAUCCAUAAAAAGUAAAGACUUUGCCGUCGGCUGAGAACAUAUAUUUUACAUUUCUCAGAUUGAGAAAUGCUUAGAAAGCACAGGGAGAUGAGAGGGUAAACUGUGCAUUGAGAGGCACCAUUGUGGUAAUGGGUGGUGUUCUUUCAGGGAUAACGUACAAUAGUUAUGAAUCGUACAGUAAUGUUCAUGAUUUGAUAAUGUGAACAGUUGUUCAGACACAGAUGCUUUAUUUGUUCUUGUACUGCUGCAAAAUAUUUUCUGAAGAUUAUAGAGAAAAGGUCUUAGCUCAAGACUCACUAACAUGCUGGAGAAGAUGGACCAAAAUGAUUUUGAAUUGAUUCAGCCUUGAGGUCUACAACCAAGAAACAGAGGAACAUUCCAUGAAUCCGUAACUCUAAGGUAGCUCUGUCAAGCCCUCAAGACGUUUUGCAAAUUUUCUUACCGAGGUAGCAUAGGACUGUUUUAUAAUGGACUUCUGUCAUAGAACUUCCACCCUAUUUAUACAAAACAUAGCUCUCACAUAGCAUUACAUAACUUUUGGGGCCAGGGACCUCUAAAAAAUAUGUUUCAAGAAGCCCUUAACAAUCGUAACACCACAUUAGCUGAUGUGGUAGAAUCGCUGGAUGAUGUUGAAUAACUCAGUUUCUUAAUGCUUGUCUGCUACUUAGAUUGCUAACAAGCCAAGCUAAACAGCACCCCGUCCUUUUUUUACACAGUUGUCACACUUACAUGUUUCAGAUCAAUUUUAUAAUUAGACAAAGACAAUAUGAAUAAAUACACAAUGUAUUUUUCAAAUGCUGAUUUCAUUUAUUAAGGAAAAAUAGCUACUCAAAACUUUGCGAUGAUAGCCAAAACCUGAUGACUGGUUGUUCCAGCCUUGGCAGUAAGAACUACAGUCAAGAGUUUGAGAUAAUUAUUUGAGCCAUUCAGAUUUUAGACAUGCUGGUGUGUUUCAAAUCAUUGUUCUGCUGCAUAACCUGCUGAAAAUGAUGGCUGGGCAUUCUCCUUUAGGAUAUUCUGGUACAGAAUUCAUGGUUCCAUUAAUUACAAUGAGUCAUCCAGAUCCUAA